CGGAGCGAAUCGACAUCGUGAUCUAUAAUCAUGACGAGAAGGAGGAGGCGAGGCCAGAGUACAACAACACCCUCCAGUGUUACUUCUGCUUCAACAAUGACGGCACAGGCUGCAUGGAGAUGAACAACGUGUCCCUCAUACCCGUGGGCAACUGCACCAGGAAGGAGCGAUUCUGCAAGGUCCGACGUUUGGACUACUACGGCAAACUGAUGACCUUUGACCGUCACUGUAGCGAGUACUGUGAGCCGGGCUGUAGGACGGCAGCGUACUACGAGGAGUGUGUGAGCUGCUGCAGUGACCGGAACUUGUGCAAUGUGGGCGGGUCGGCGUUGUCAUGGCAACCGAGAUGCGAGCUCAUCUCCGCGAUGUCGAUGUUUUCGACGUUGGCCGCCGUCUCUCAUCUUGUUGGCCUCCGGGCUGGGUUGUCACGACUUUGGUUGUUGUGACCGACCUAUUCUCAUUCUUUCUCUUUCUCUUUCUCUUUCUUACUUUCAGUUUUCAUUUCUGUUCUUUCUGUUGUUUUUUUUUGGUGUUUUUUUUGUCGUUAUUUUUAUUUAUUGAUUACUUUCUACUAGAUGUGUACGUUUCUUUUUUUUUCUUUUUUAUUUACCUUUUGACUACUUUUUACCUUGAUAGUUUCUUCUUUGCUUAUUUACUUAUUGAUUACUUUCUACUUUGAUAAGUUCUUACUUUUGUAUUCUAUUUAAUUACUGUUUAUUUUCUGAAACCGUUUAUUGUUUCUUCAUCUACUUUAAAUACCACGUUUGAGUAGCAGGCUCUACCGAUUUGAUUGUCAUGGAUUGAGUAAUGAUUUAGGAGAA